AUGAGCGGCGUCGGAGCGGUCCCUGCAAACCGCUUUACCCACCCGCUACCACAUACGCCUCUCAACCAUUUUCUUCGACAAACCAAGUCUCUUCUAGCUUCAAGUGGGAUUGAUAACGAAGAUGCCGUCUACGUCACCACUUCCCGCACUCCGACGCUUGAUCAGGCUGUAGCAGCGAUCGCUUUUGCGUACUUGCAGCAGCAGCUGGACAGGAACGUGCAUACGCAGCGAAGAUACAUUCCCGUCAUCUCAGCAUCAAGACAAGGCUGUCUUGUUGACAAACUUCCUGAGCUGGUAUUGGCGUUGCAAACAGCGUUGAUAGCAGAGGAAAACCUUAUAUUCGAAGAUGAUGAAUUGUAUAAGACUGUCAAUGCCUACACAUCUAAGAAGAAGGUGGUGCUAGUAGGAGGAACAGGAGAGCAGAGGGGAGAGGAAGGAUGGAAAGAGUGGGCGGAACUGCACGGUGCAGAGCUGUUCGGUGUGAUUGAUGUGGAGAACACACUGCCUCAGGAGAUCCAUGAAGAAAGCGGGGGGGUCAACGAGAGGUUAAACGUUGCGCUGUUCCCACCAAGGCAAGUCGUGGGAGGUGCAGGCGAGGCUGAACCCGCUCUAUCCUCUCUUGUUGCGCUAUGGGCUAAGGUCAGACUCUCUCAAACACCAUCAGGCAACGACACUCAGCAAAUCGUGACCAGAGAAUUAGCUGAUCUACUCCUAGCAGCGAUCCUGCUCGAAAGCGACAACAUCUCCGAAUCGAAAACCAACUCUGUUGACCUUGGCGCCGUAGGCUGGCUCAGCCCUCGUUCGAGUUUCCAGCUUCAAGAUCAAGAUGAGGCGACAAGUGGUGCGGAAGGAGCAGAGGAAGAGGAGGAGUUGAAUGAGGACGAAGCAAACGUGCCUAACUUCGAUGCGUACGUGCCGACUUUCCCGGAUCUAGAUGCUAUGUAUCGUGCGCUACGGGCUGCCUCUCGUCAGCCCGCAGCUUUGGCGGUGAGGAAGGAAGCAGCUAUAAGAGCUGGGUUAGCGAUGGAGGUCGGUGAUGCUAGUCCUGAUCAUUUCCAGUGGAACCUGAUCACGAACACACUAGCUAAUCUGGACGACGAGCAGAAGAGCAAAGUUCCUGACUUUGUCGGCAAGACGAUCGAGGGCAAUUUUGCUGCUCAGCUCGCCUCAGAUCUGGCUGGUCGAUUGUUCAAGCCUAUCGGAGUUCAGUUGGGGCAAGUGGUUGGCAGUGAUAACAGCAAAAACCUCGACUUGGCCGCGCUGCAGAAGCAAGUCACCGCUACUGUUCAGGUGGAAGUGUCUAGCGUAGAGAAGGCCUACGAAGUUCUUUGUGUCGCCAUCAGUGCGCUACAUGCCUUCGUUCAGAUAAACUGGACUGGACCCGAACUACCCGGUUCACUCGAUCCUCUAUCGCUGCUUCGCAAUGCUGCACCAGAUGCUUUCCCUCCAAGACCUAUCGACGCCGAGGCCGAGGAGAAAGCCAAGGCCAAAACGAAAAGGUUGAUUCACAGUUCAUCCCUCGAGGCGCUCGCAUUCAAAGGUGAACCCGCCUACCAUCUUUGCCAAGUGCCUUUCUUCCUUGUCUUCUCCAAAUUGCUCAUCGAGGCCCUCGUCAGCGUACAGGAGGUAGCAGAGGGCAUUGAAACACUGCCGUGGUGGAGACUGCGCGCCUUUACGGUGCAUAGUCAUGUGCUGGACGAGCCGGUCGCGUUUGGGAAGAAGGUUUUCGAUCCCGUCAAUAAGCUCAGGGAUGUACUUGUCGCGCGUACGGCUGCGACCAAGCCAAAGGAGGGCGAGAAGAAGAGUGUGUGGGCGUCUCUAGCAUCCAGGUUGAUUUUGGAGCGCGGAAUUGCUCUGCAGAGACUCGGCAGCGAUAGGGAGGCAUCAGAGACGUUCGUUGACGCAGCGAAAGAGAAUGGGCUCAGGUACAGAAUGUCUGGUGCCUUGGGCAAGAGAACGAAGUUCCAGAAGGAGGACAAGACGCAGCUUGUGCUGCUGGCUACGAGCGUGGUUGCUGAUGGGGGGAAGGAGGAUGAAGCAGAGGAGAAGGAGAGAAAAGAGAAGGGGGGAGAGGAGAAAGUGAAAGAGAAGCAAAAAGAGGCAGAACUGGAGACGGGCUUUGCAGCAAAGGCCAACCCUGAAGAUCAAGUCGCUGGUAUGCCUUCCACCUUCGCGCUCAACGACGAUACUCUGCUUGAACAGACCAAGUUCACUUGCACAACAGCCAGCGGAUCCUCAACCUCAACUGGCAAUGGUGAGGACGACGAUCUGCUCCAACUCGACCCCAACUCGCAACCGCCCCUUGCAGUCUUGGAUCAAUGCACCUUGCUCGCCCUCUGCUUGAACAUCCGCAACAUGCAAGCAGCCCACGGACUCAUCGCAAACCAGAUGCAGAUUUUCAUCUCUCGUGUCAUCACGCAUCCUCGCAACUGGAUGGUUCACACCAUGUCUCUUGUUCUCCGAGCCCGUCUCGAAUCCACACGCACACGUACGGUUGAACGAUCCGUCUUACAGCUGCAGGCAUUGAUCGAUCAGAUGCCAACCAACGAUUCAUCCGUACAGGAAAGGUUGAAGUUCUUCCACGCGCUAGACUUGCCGCCGAAGUGGGAGAUGCAAGCCGAGCUAGCUCGAAGGUAUGCCUCUAUCGGUGUGACUAGGUCGGCAUUGGAGAUUUUUGAAAGAAUUGAAAUGUGGGAAGAGGUUGUACAGUGUCUCGGUAUGCUCGGGAGACAAGAGGAGGGAGUGGAAGUGGUGAAAGAGUUGUUGGCGGGGAAGAAAGUCGAAGCUGAUGUUGAAGUUUCUGUUCGUCGUCGCAAAGGUGGGGAUGUUGGUGGAACUGAAGCUCAGCAAGUUAUGUAUAAACGGAUGGAUCGUGCUAGGGAAGCCAAACUCUGGUGUCUUCUCGGAGACUUAGAGCCAGCUUCUGCCUUGGCGCACUACUCGAAAGCAUGGCAGGUAUCUGCUUCAUCUUCGGCCCGAGCGGCUCGCAGUUUGGGUGGAGUGCAUUUUACGGCUUCGGACUUUGCCCAGGCUGCAAAAUGGCUCAAAUACGCACUCAAGAUCAAUCCGCUGUUCACACGAUCCUGGUUCAUUCUAGGAUGCUGUUAUAUGAGGUUGGAGAAGUGGAAAGAGGCAGCGCAGUGCUUUAGGAGGUGCACGGCGUUGGAUGAUGAAGAUAUGGAGAGUUGGAACAACUUGGCGAGUUGCUAUUUGAGGAUGGUGGAGGGUGCAGAAGGUGGAAGGGAUGUUGUUGGGAUUGAGAGGAUGGGUGCCCAGGGAGGAUUGCCAGAUAUCCUGGAGGCUGAAGAAGAGGCUGACCGUGUUUGGGAUCAACCUCGAAACAGCUACGAUGACGACGGUGAGGACGGAGGGCUGAGCGACUGGAGCGGCAGUUCGCGAUCAGAUUCUGGUGUUGAAGUUUCAUCUUCAGAGUCUGAAGCGGAGAGCGAUACUACGGCGACAGAAACCGGUCUUCCGAACCCGGGUGAAGUUGCCACUACCCGCCGAAACAAUGCAAGCGCAACCGCAGCUUACUCCCUCAAGCUCCUCGCUCAUCGAUCACUGCAACAAUCCUUGCGAUUUGCGCACGACAACUGGCGAGUGUGGUACAACUACAUGAUCGUCUGUAUUGACGUCGGGUACCUUCUCGAAGCCACACGUGCCAUGGUGCGGGUGACAGAAAUCCAAACGAGGAACAAGAGUAACGAUGCUGAACGGGCAAAGACGGUUGAUCUCCCUGUCUUGGCUCGACUUGUUGAUGCGGUCACGCGCAUUCCUAAAGCCGAAUUGGAGCAGCAGACCGUAGCCCAAGUCGAAGCCUAUGAACAGCUCAAGGCUCAACAAGAAGCUGAAGGUCUCGGCGACUCGAAAGCAGCAUUGGCACCCAAGGUAGACUCCAACUCGGGCCUGGGCCUGUAUGCGGCCGUACGCAAGUUGUUCGACGAGACACUUCUCGCACGCAUUUCAUCCAGCGUGGGUAUCUGGAAGCUCUACUCCCGCCUCCUGCUGUGGAACGGCGAACGAAGGCGAGCAGUCCAGCAGGCAUUGUUGAAUGGAUACAACUCAGCAUUCAACUCUGCUGUCAACGCAGAAGACGGUCUAGAUAUCAACACGGACAAGAAGGUCUUUGUGAGUCUGCUGCACGACUUGAGGAAUCUGGUAGAUGCUCUGCUCGAUCUCUGCUCGAAUCCGGACGAGGAAGCGGAUAAGGAAGAAAGAGACGCUCCAGAGCCAAGAUUCCAAGCUAGAAGUCUAGUCAGGACGUUCUUGGCCAAGACGAGGAGUUCGUGGGAUCAAGAGCCGGAAUAUGAUGAGGCGAAGGAGCUUUUGGAACAGCUCAAGAGCUGA